ACUGAAAUGCUUUGGUUGAUAGAAUCUGCACAGAGGAUAUUGGGGAUGAGAGGACGGGAUAUGCCCGACAGAGAGGCCAGAUGGGAAAGGGAUGGGGCAGCUCAUGGAAAGUUUUACAGAGAUUACCUCCCAGAACAGAACAAGAGAUAUAGCUGCGUUCACUGCCAGGCACAUCUCGCUUUUCAUGAUGAUAUUAUAUCUAAGUCGUUUCACGGAAGCCAAGGACGAGCCUAUCUUUUCAAUGAAGUGGUAAACGUAAGGACUGGACCUGCUGAAGAAAGGAUACUGUUGACUGGACGACACAGUGUUGCUGACAUUUUCUGCGCUUCUUGCAAAACCACUCUCGGCUGGAAAUAUGAGUUUGCGUUUGAACGAUCCCAGAAGUACAAGGAAGGGAAGUUUAUAAUUGAGACUAUACACAUGGUCAAGGACAACGGCUGGGACCUGAUGGCUCAAUAACGACUGCCUUCUCCUUUGACGGCUAUUUGAUGAAUUGAAGUGCUAUGUCCUACAAAGAGGUACAGGCGGUGUAUCUUACAUCUGAAGUAAGUGAGCUAGAUCCGAGAUCUGAGAAACUUUAUUGGCGUUACAACGAACUGCUUGAGCUGUAUCCACUGGCCCACUUGUCUAUUAUAUCCUGGCAACAGAGAGCAAACUGUUCGUUGCCAUGGUAAAAACUGAAACUGUGAACAUUCAAAUGACAAGUGGACCAGUUUUCAGUUUUCAGUGUUUUUAUGCAUGCUGGUUCUCUAACUAAUCCACGUUCGUAGUAAGGACGUUGUAUUAAGACUCCUGUUAAUUGAGUCUAAUUAGACUAAUUGGACUAAUUAGACUCCUUUUAAUGUUAGAAACUUCAACAAUCUGAUCAUGGUACGUGGAAAUCAUAUUCAGAUUUUCACUACUGGCAAAAUAUUCAAAUUUGAACAACGUUCAAUAAACAAUUUCAGAUUUCUGAGGUUUCUACUUAUGUUUUUGUUUUUUGUUUUUACUUUUACUUUUACGUUCAGAUAACUAAACUCAAAAUGCAGGUAUAAUAUUUCAAAACUGUUCCGUUAUUACAGCGGUAAAUUAAACCGUUGUGUAACCUAACAACACUCUACCAGAGUGUGUAAUUUGUCAGAAAACCUGCACUUCGAGUUCAGGGUAGUACCUCUUCCUGGUUGUGAACAAAUGGGGACUACCCUGGGGGUUCCUACUGUCUGACUUUUCAUGCUUCCGUUACAAAAGUAAUAAAGGCUUCCUCUACUGAGUCGAGCACAUUGCCUCUAGGGGUGGAGGGGUUGGGUCAGCCACAUUAUUGCAGCAAAUUGUCCAAUACGGCAGUGGCUGAGCCCCUCUUCUUCCCCAAGGGGCGAGCAGUUGUGCAAAUCAUGGCCUUAGUAUAAGUAAGGUUCCUUCUCUGAAAAUAUAACAUUAAGCAUUUGUCACUGAAGUAUCGAAAAGUCAGCUACAAAUGGACCCCUAACUGCCUUGAAUCAAGGACCAACUCUAAUGUACCUAUUAUAUUUAUUCGUAUGUUGUUUAAAAUGUGAUGAGACGAGAUCAGAUGCUAACAUUUUAAGUUUUAAAAAGAUACGAUCUAUUAAAAAGAUACGAUCCUUCAAUCUUAUCGUAUUAAAAUUAAAUUUUCAGAACUUUAGAUGUCGUGACUCUUCUAAAAGUUAAAAGUAUUCUAAAAGUAAAAUAUUUAAAUAUUUUGUUUUUGAAAAAGAAAUUCGAUGUUAUCAUUUACAUAUCUAUACCCAUGUAAAUAAACUAUUUAAUUUAUUUAAAUUUUCUUGAAGAUGUCAGAAUAUCUUUAAAAAUUUGUAUUUGAUUUUCCUUUGUACGAGUAAUUGUUGUUGUAAGCAUAUAUUUAUUUGAUUGCUAAACCUGCAAGUUUAUCGAAAAAUAAUGACCAGUUUUUCAGAUAUCCUAAUAUUUAAAAACUAUUUUGUAUAUCAACCAAAGUCGAUAUACGACCAUAACCUUUAAUAUUCGUUAAUUUAAUGUUUACGAAUGUGACUCAUAUUGCUUAAAAGGUAUUACCAGAAUUCCAGUUCAGUUUUUUAAUGAAAACUUUGGGCUGGCCCUGAAUCUUGGGCUGUGUCCCAGAAAAUUUCAACAACGUUGAUCGGAAAUUUCAAAAGCAGUGUUAACUGCAAAAAACUUAUAUUUCUUCUCUGUGUGAGUGUAUUCUGUUACAUGUCUUUAGGACAGUCUUAACAUUUCAUAAGUUAAAAUUGAAACUAA